AUGGAGCUUCAGGAAUAUCGAGAAUUUAAUCAGGAACUCAGGAAACGCAGGGAUCUUAGGGAACUUUAUGCAAUAAUAGAAAAUCAUAAAUUUACAAAGGCCUCAUAUGGAAAACUUCAAGCAAUGUGGUUAGAAGCGCAUUACAUUGAAGCAGAGAAACUGCGUGGCCGAUCGCUAGGUCCCGUUGAUAAAUAUCGUGUGAGAAAAAAAUUUCCUCUUCCUCCAACAAUUUGGGAUGGAGAACAAAAAACUCAUUGUUUUAAAGAGCGUACAAGAAGUCUUUUACGCGAAUGGUACCUUCAGGAUCCUUAUCCAAAUCCAACGAAAAAACGUGAACUAGCAAAAGCAACAGGCCUUAAUCCAACACAAGUUGGUAAUUGGUUUAAAAAUCGUAGGCAAAGAGAUCGUGCAGCAGCUGCAAAAAAUAGGUAA